AUGGCGGAGAAUAUGCCCACCCCGCCAUCUCCUGGCGCCGGGCGCUAUUCAGGCGCUGGCCCGUUGUCCAGCGGCAAUUCAGACACCGCUCAUGAUAGCACAUCGGACCGCGUCGACAUCUCUCCAGAGAGGCGUAUGCUGCACUUUAUCGAGGAGCACGAUAAAGAAUUCAGAGAAAAGCUCGACGUUUUGACCAAAUUUGCCAACAUUCUGGCCAACGAUCAUGCAAAGGCCAUCAGCCACUUGAAGAGAGCUUGCAGGGAAUAUGCUGCCAGAAAUCACAGUUACAAGCAAGCCCGAGCAUUUCAAAAAGCCCCCGAGCCAACAGUCGAAGAAUCCAUGUGGGAUGCCCCACGGCAAGCAGAAGAAGUUACGGAACCCCUCGUCGUGAAUCCAACAUCUGCGCAGUUGGUGACUGGUGCGAGUCUCGGGGACAUGAGAGAUUCCUCACUUGAACCCCCAUCUCAGACAGUAUCACAGCAAGUCACCGAACCUCUCAUCGUGAAUUCAAUAUCCGCGCAAUUGGUGUCUAGUACAAGUCUUGAGGACGUGAGAAAUCCCUCAUUGGAACCCCCGUCUCAGACGGUAUCACAGCCUGUAGUGAGCGGCCCGGUCCCCGAUGGUGAUCAUCUCGAGGUGGACCCACCUGCUCGCGUGGAUGAGUCUAGCGGAGGAGAACAUGAGAGUUCAAGCCCAAAUGAUACCGAGGACGACAGUGCUUCAUCUUAUUCCACAGAUGACGGUGAUCACGACAAGGAUAUCUACCAUGAGGAGUCCCCCACCCCAGACGAAAUUCCUCAGAGUACCAAUGUCGAAGCGCAAUCUACUGCUACUCCACAAAAAUCUGGAGCUCAAAAUCGACCAGCACCCGCGUCUCAACCUAGUAAGAGCUCCCAGUCGGCUCGGGACGGAUCUCGACGAUGGACGGAAGAGGAGGAAAACUGUAUGAUCGAAAUCAUCCAUGAUCUGAUGCAACAGGAAGACCCUGGACCAAGCAAGUCUAGAAUGUGGCAACGCGCAUCCGCCAUGAUGCGCACACGUGGCUAUGAUCGCACCUACCAACAAAUGAUGGCCAAGUGGUCUUACCAAACCCGCUACAAGUGUGAAGAUCGUGGCUUGGACUGGGCGGCUAAGGUCAUGGCCAAAGUCCCACAUAUGGAGCGCAAGCGGAAAUCAUCAUCAGGCGACGUCCGAGAAGCAAGGCGGUCUUCAACAUCAGAUGAACAGCCAGGGAUCAUACCAACCCCAAGUAAGUCUCAGAAGGUUCGCCACAAUCAACCAAGGCCGGAUGGGAAGGUCAAGGUGCCGAAGCCGAGGGGAAGACCGCGAAAGAGCAGUAAAAAACACCCAGCACUCAGUCCUCAGCAAGGCUUUACCACUAAAUUCGAUUCACUGCCUACAACAUCGGAAACCCACAUGCGCCUUCGUUUUGUUUGGGCUCGUACCUCGAACGACAUCGUGCAAGUGGAUUGGUCUGCAGAUUCCAAAUACUUUGUGGCUGCCAGCACCUCGCUAUUCAAUCCUGAGAAAAACUUCAGCGAUAACCGACCGGUGAAUCUGGUUCAUGGUUCCCUGCCUUCUAAGACGCUACGAGAGCUCCCUGAACAUCGGGUCGCGGGCAAUGUCAUUGCUGGGCAGCCAGAAUACGUGUACCGGACUGUUAGUGCAGUUCGGUUUGCUCCAACCGGCCAUAGGAUCUACAGCGCUGGGUUUGACAAUAAGGUCCGAGUCUGGGACGUGGAGGAUGAGGCCUUCAUCCACUGCAAGACAGAAAUACAGUUUGCCCAACGGCUGGAAGUCAUGGAUGUGGCUGGAGAGCAGAGCGCAUUAUUCGCGACUGGUACAGCAGGCGGACUCAAGUCGAUCCGCGUCUUCUUUACUGACUCUGACCUGGACGUCCGGCCUCAAGAGAUCAGACUUCUUCGGGACACAGAGAAGAAGCCGUUACCAUUUUCCCCGACAUGUCUCAAGUUCGGGCACGCUCGCACCCGGGAUUGGUUGCUGGCAGGCUUCGGCAGCGAUGAUGAUGGUGGCUUUAGCGACGGCUAUACAGCAAUGUGGAAGUUUCGCGAGGCUUCGUGCGAACAGUUGAAUUUCCCCCGGGGAGAUAAAUUCGUGUUUCACUGCGCUUGGUCCCCAUCGGGCGAGCUUUUUGCGAUUGGAAGCGCAAGUGACGCCAUGUCAAGAGCGGACACAGCAGAGCAUUCGGUGGUCAAGCUGUACUCGGCAAACCAGCCGGACUCGAUUGCCAGAUAUAGCUGUCGUGCAAAGGAUAUCAACGAUGUGACCAUAGACUACGGUCUUGUCACAGCCUCGUGUACCGAUGGGUCGACGUACGUCUGGGAUCAACGUCAACCUCAGAAGCCACUACAUAUACUGGCUCAUGGUCAGCCCCUGGCGAAGCUUGCCCCAGGGGCAGACCGUGAGCUCGAAGAUGUGGGGGUGAGGUACAUCGAGUGGAGCGGUAAUGCUGGGCAGUUGUACACGGGGGCUAGCGACGGCGUCCUCAAGUAUUGGGACACGCGGCACUCACCUGCUGAUGUCCUGGUCGAGGACCUUGUGGAUACCGGUAGUGAAAUCAUGUGUGGGCGUCUGUCGCCGGAUCAUUCGUCUUUGUUGUUGGGCGACGAUGAUGGGCGUCUGCAUCUGCUCAGCAUGUCGAAUGGUCCAUUUCCGGACGAAGAGUGGCGGUUUCGAGUGGCGGAACAAUGGGAUAUUGCGAAUUAA